AUGGCUGCACUGCGGAGGCUCCUGUGGCCGCCGCCUCGGCUCCCGCCUCCGCCCUCCCCUCACCAUCCCUUCCCAGGGGCGUGGGGGCGGCCGGCGGGGAUAGCCCCGGGCCCGCCUGGCCGGCCCUUCUCCUGCCGGGAGGAGGAAGAGGGGGCUGUGGCGGAGGCGGCUUGGAGGCGGCGGAGGCGCUGGGGGGAGCUGAGCAUCGCGGCGGCAGCCGGCGGGGGUCUGGUCGGCCUCGUGUGCUACCAGCUGUACGGGGACCCUAGGGCCGACUCCGCCUGGACACCCGCCCUCGAGCGCCCCUCGGAGAGCUCGGCCUCAGAGCCGGAGGACCCGCCCCGCGGCCGGGGGCUGAUUCCCAUCCCCGUGGCGGCUGCCAAGGAAACGGUUGCUAUCAGCAGAACAGACAUUGAAGACUUAGACCUCUAUGCUACAUCUCGGGAAAGAAGAUUUCGUUUGUUUGCUUCUAUAGAAUGUGAAGGGCAGUUAUUCAUGACUCCAUAUGACUUUAUUUUGGCUGUUACAACAGAUGAGCCCAAAUUUGCUAAGACGUGGAAGUCACUUACCAAACAGGAAUUAAAUCAAAUGCUCUCAGAAACACCACCAGUUUGGAAAGGAUCCUCAAAGCUUUUUCGCAAUCUUAAAGAAAGAGGUGUGAUUUCUUACACAGAAUAUCUUUUUCUCUUGUGUAUUUUAACAAAGCCACAUGCAGGAUUUAGAAUAGCUUUCAACAUGUUUGACACCGAUGGUAAUGAGAUGGUGGACAAAAAGGAAUUUUUGGUGCUUCAAGAGAUAUUCAGGAAAAAAAAUGAAAAGAGAGAAACUAAAGGAGAUGAAGAAAAGCGUGCAAUGCUGCGUCUUCAACUUUAUGGAUACCAUUCUCCUACUAAUAGUGUACUUAAGACAGAUGCUGAGGAACUGGUCUCCAGAAGCUAUUGGGAUACACUGAGACGUAAUACAAGCCAAGCACUCUUUUCAGACCUCGCAGAGCGUGCUGAUGACAUUACAAGUUUGGUAACAGAUACUACACUUCUUGUGCACUUUUUUGGAAAGAAAGGAAAAGCCGAGCUCAACUUUGAAGAUUUUUAUAGAUUCAUGGAUAACCUACAAACAGAAGUUCUAGAAAUAGAAUUCCUUUCCUACUCUAAUGGGAUGAACACUAUCAGUGAAGAAGAUUUUGCUCAUAUUCUUUUACGAUAUACAAAUGUGGAAAAUACAUCAGUAUUUCUGGAAAAUGUGCGUUACAGUAUACCUGAAGAAAAGGGCAUCACAUUUGAUGAAUUCAGGUCAUUUUUCCAGUUUCUGAACAACUUAGAAGACUUUGCAAUAGCCCUGAAUAUGUAUAACUUUGCAAGUCGCUCUAUAGGGCAAGAUGAAUUUAAGCGUGCCGUCUAUGUAGCUACUGGCCUCAAACUUUCACCACAUUUAGUGAACACAGUCUUCAAGAUUUUUGACGUUGACAAAGAUGAUCAAUUAAGUUAUAAAGAAUUUAUUGGAAUUAUGAAAGACAGACUCCAUAGAGGAUUCCGGGGUUAUAAAACAGUUCAGAAGUAUCCCACUUUCAAAUCCUGUCUAAAGAAGGAACUUCACAGCAGAUAA